GUCACGAUGGGGAAGACGUGGCUAAGCUAACCUAAUUGAUGCUGUCCUUUCCCUCAUUGAUACAAAACUCCUUUUACCAAAUGUGUAAAUCCAGUCACAGUAGAUUCAAUAGACACCACUAAAGCUACAGAGCAAAACAAGGUGCACAGAUCACACCUGUUGGCACAAGAAAAAUUAGAAAUGGUUGGGUGUGACUCUUUUUGACGGUUGUGAUGUUUAGAUAGUUUCCCAAGAUGUGGCAAUGCCCCCGUGAUCAUGGGUGUGUUACAGUGAAACAAAACGGAGUUGGCUCAAACAGAAAAAGUCUGUCUGUCACUGAAUCAUCUGAGAUCUCUUUCUUUCCUCAGGAGCAGUCUGACAACACAAUGGCAUCACCAUCAACAUCCCUAGCCAAGGCCAACUCCACCUUCUUCCUGGCUCUGUUCAAGAAGCUGAGUGAUGAGGAUAAGACGAAGAAUAUCUUCUACUCUCCUCUCAGCAUCUCUUCAGCUCUGGCCAUGGUGUUGCUGGGGGCCAGAGGAAGCACAGCUGCACAGAUGUCAGAGGUCAUGGGCUUCAGUGGGGGAGACCAACCGAAAGAGUCAGGAGAACAGUCGAUGGAACAAGAGCAAAUGCAGAUGAGGAUGCCACUCCCAAAGCACUUACAGAGCCGUGGACUGCAGACUGCAGCUUUUGAUGACGAUAUCCAUGCCAAGUUUGGCAGGCUGCUGAGCGAGCUCAACAAGCCAGACGCCUCUUAUGCCCUCAGUGUGGCAAACAGGCUGUACGGGGAGAAGUCUUUCCAGUUUGUAACGGAAUUUCUGGCAGACGUUAAAAAGUACUACAGCGCUGAGCUGGAAGCUGUGGACUUCAGAACCAAAGCAGAGGAGGCCCGGGUCAACAUCAACACCUGGGUGGAGGAGAACACACAAGGUAAAAUAAAGGACCUGCUGAUUAAGGGUUCCUUGAGCGACAUGACCAAGCUCGUGCUGGUCAAUGCCAUCUACUUCAAGGGAAAGUGGAACAAACCGUUUGAGAAGGACAUGACUGUUGAUUAUUUGUUUAGGAUGAACAAGACUGACACCAAACCAGUGAAGAUGAUGCAGCUGAAGAGUAAGUUUUCUUACAGCACCAUACCUGAGGUCAACAGCAAGGUUCUUGAGAUGCCCUAUGAAAAGAGUGACCUCAGCAUGAUCAUUUUCCUGCCUGAUGACAUCGAGGACAACACCACAGGUCUGGAGAAGCUGGAGAAGGAGCUGACCCAUCAGAACUUUGUGAACUGGACUCGACCGGACAGGAUGUUUAAGGGUGAGGUGGAGGUGAAGCUUCCUCGGUUUAAGAUGACAGAGACGUACAGCAUGAAAGACAUCCUGAAACAGAUGGGCAUGUCAGACGUUUUUACUUCCUCAAGUGAUUUUUCAGGUAUGACUCCAUCCAAGGGCUUAUUGUUGUCUAAAGUGGUCCACAAGUCCUUUGUUGACGUGAAUGAGGAGGGGACCGAGGCUGCUGCUUCCACCGGCAUCGUCAUGGAGUUGACCUCCAUCAAUUUAAUGACUCCCACUUUCAUUGCUGAUCACCCUUUCCUUUUCUUCAUCAAACAUAACGCCACCAAGACCGUCCUCUUUGCGGGUCGAUACUGCUCCCCUCCGGAGUAAACUCUGCUGGACGUCCUGCAGACAUGGGUGAAUGUGAGGGGACAGAUAUGUGAAGCCCCUGAAUCCCCAGUGAGGGAGUAUCGGUUAUUUGGUCUCUUUGCGGUUGCACAGUUUAUCUUCUGGUUGGUUUUUAUCUGUCUUUGUUUUGGAUUCACAUAACAAUGUAUUCGGUUUAUUUUUUGUCUUAAUAUUUAGGUCUUCUGCAUCUCUUUAGGGUCAAUUUAUGUCUUUUAUAAAUAUUUCAGAUAGUUUUUAGUCUGUUUUUGGCUAUUUUUGUUUCUUUACUCUUUUGGCUUUCCAUUGAUCUGUUUGGUAUUCUGAGGUUUUUUAAGAACCUUUAAUUACUGGAUUGAAUUUCCUAAGAGAAAUGUUGCCCCGGGCCCCCCUGACCCCUCACGUCUGUGCCUUUAGAGCACUGUGACACAAACAGGAGUGAGAGAUCUCUCCUGAUGGCAAGUAGCUAGAUUGUUCUUCAUAAAAGAUUAUCAUGUAGUGUUUGAAAACCUUCAGUUGUGUUUUGCAAAAAAGAAUUUGAGUCAAAACUGUCCUGCUGUGUGUACAGACAAGCAUACGGCAGCUUAAUUGCAAUGUGUCAUGUUAUAAUCUGUUGUGAAAAUUAAAAACUAUCCUUGUGAUGAGGCAGCUUUGAUGACAUUGAGAUUAUGCAAACAACCACAACUGAAAAUGUAUGCAUUCAGGGUUAAUUGUCAUUCCAGAGCAUCUUUGUUUGUUUAUGUGUUUGGACAUAUUUUCUAAGGAUGGCAACCUGCACCAGUGCAGCGGCUUCUCUAUCUUCAGGUACCUAUUGUGAACAGAAUAUACAAAACUGUCAAAUAAAAGCUGAUGCAAGUCCAA